GGGGUGUAAAGUAGGAGGAGGGGAGACAGACUCCUAGCAGUCUCUGUGUGCUGUGGGAUAGCUUUACUUUGUGUUCUUCAAGCUGUGCUAGGGGUGUGGAGGUUAUGGCCUCUAUACUUUCAUGAAGACUCUAGUCCUAGAGCCACAACAAGAAGACCCAAUGUUAUGAUGCCCUCGCCUUGCUCUCCUGGACUGGCACCAAGUUCUGUACACGCCCUCUUUCUCCUUGUCUUCCUCUGCCCAUCAUAUACCCAGCAGAGUUCCACCGCAGUGCGAAAUCUGACUCUUGCUGUGGUCCUUCCAGAGACCAACUUGCGCUAUGCCUGGUCAUGGCCACGUAUUUCUCCAGCUCUUAAAAUGGCCAUGGAACGAGCACAAAAUGAGCUUCAGCUUUUGCCUGGGUACCAAGUGGAAUGGGCCUUCCUCACCUCUGAGCUAGAGGGGGCCUGCUCUGAAUAUGUGGCACCACUUAACGCUGUAGACCUUAAACUCUAUCGCCAUCCCGUUGUACUCUUUGGUCCAGGCUGUGUAUACCCAGCUGCUUCUGUUGCCCGAUUUGCCACCCAUUGGCGACUUCCUCUUUUUACUGCCGGCGCCUUGGCUUUUGGAUUCAAGCAAGAUGAUGAUCAAUACAACAUGACAGUGAGAACGGGACCCACAGCUAUCAAACUGGGAGAGUUUGCAUCUUAUCUCCAUGACCAUUUUAACUGGAGCUCACGGGCUGCGCUGGUUUACCAUGAUACAAAGAAAGAUGAUCGUCCGUAUUAUUUUAUCAUAGAGGGAGUCUACCUGGGACUACGUAAGGAAUUUAACAAUCUAACGGUGGAUUACCAGGUGUACCCUGAUGACGAAGAUGUGGGCAGCGUGAUACAGUUCAUAAAGAGCAAUGGUCGAAUUAUAUACAUUUGUGGGCCAUUGGAAAUGUUUCACAAAAUUAUGUUGCAAGCCCACAAGGAGAAGCUGACCAAUGGCGAUUAUGUGUUUUUCUAUGUGGAUGUUUUUGGGGAGAGUUUACGAAGAGAUGGAACCCGAGAAGCUAAAAAGCCAUGGCAGUGCAAUGAUAGCCAGGAAAUGGACAUUAAAGAGGCAUUUAAGACAGUACUUGUAAUCUCCUACCAUGAACCUGAGAAUCCAGAGUACGUAGAGUUUCAGAGGAAGCUGAUUCAGAGAGCCAAACAGGAGUUUGAGGUUGACUUGAACUAUUCUCUGGUGAGUUUUGCUGGUAUGAAUUUUAUUGCUGGCUGUUUCUAUGAUGGAGCCCUGUUGUACGCCCAUGCCCUCAAUGAAACCCUGACAGAGGGGGGUUCUGAAACAGAUGGCCUGAAGAUUGUCCAGAAAGUACGCAGUCGCAAGAUGCAAGGAAUCACCGGCACAGUGAGCAUGGAUAGCUAUAACGACCGAAACACAGACUUUGACCUGUGGUCAAUGACGGACUAUGAUAGCGGAGUGUUUCAGGUUGUUGGCCAUUACAACGGGAUCUCAAAGCAAAUUAAUUGGACUGGAAACCCCAUCAUUUGGCUGAAAGGAUCCCCUCCAUCUGACAACCCCCCUUGUGUGUUUGACACCGAAGACCCGAUGUGUGAAAAAACUCCGCUGUCCACCUUGGCUAUUGUGGCACUGGGAGCAGGUCUGACGCUGCUCAUGUUCGGAAUGUCUAGUUUCCUUAUAUUGAGGAAAUUUAUGUUGGAGAAAGAGUUGGCCAGCAUGCUUUGGAGGAUCCGAUGGGAUGAACUGCAGUUUGGGAAUUCUGAACGAUAUCACAAGUGUGCUGGGAGCCGCCUCACUCUAUCACUAAGAGGCUCCAGUUACGGUUCUUUGAUGACUGCUCACGGAAAAUAUCAAAUCUUCACCAACACCGGACACUUCAAGGGUAACGUUGUGGCCAUUAAACAUGUCAACAAGAAACGUAUCGAGCUGACAAGACAGGUCCUGUUUGAGCUAAAACAUAUGCGAGACGUUCAAUUCAAUCACCUAACGCGUUUCUUGGGCGCAUGCAUAGAUCCCCCUAACAUUUGCAUUGUGACAGAGUACUGCCCCCGAGGAAGCCUGCAGGAUAUACUGGAAAACGAGAGCAUUAACCUGGACUGGAUGUUUAGACACUCACUGAUUAAUGACAUUGUAAAGGGAAUGUGUUUUCUCCACCGCAGUAUUAUCGGCUCCCACGGGAAUCUCAAGUCAUCAAACUGUGUGGUGGACAGCAGAUUUGUUCUGAAGAUAACAGACUAUGGGCUGGCCAGUUUCCGAUCUAGUUGUGACGCUGAUGAUGUCUACGCCUUGUAUGCCAAAAAGUUGUGGACAGCCCCCGAACUGCUACGAAUGGGAAGACCCCCACCGCAGGGCACACAAAAAGGGGAUGUGUACAGCUUUGGAAUUAUUCUUCAAGAGGUUGCACUGCGCAAUGGUUGUUUCUACAUACAGGGAAUGGAUCUCAGCCCUAAAGAGAUAGUGCAAAAAGUACGUAAUGGUCAACGUCCAUAUUUCCGACCAUCCGUGGACACAAGCUGUCACAGUGAAGAACUUGGGGUUCUGAUGGAGCGUUGCUGGGCUGAGGAGCCGUUGGAGCGGCCAGAUUUUAACCAGGUCAAUGCAUACAUUUGCAAGUUCAACAAAGAAGGAAGAACCAGCAUACUUGAUAAUCUACUGUCCCGUAUGGAGCAAUACGCAAAUAACCUGGAGAAACUAGUGGAGGAGCGAACGCAGGCGUAUCUAGAGGAAAAACGCAAGGCAGAGAAUCUGCUGUACCAGAUCUUACCACAUUCUGUUGCAGAGCAGUUGAAAAGGGGGGAGACGGUCCAAGCGGAAGCAUUUGACAGUGUUACCAUUUACUUCAGUGACAUUGUAGGGUUCACAUCAAUGUCUGCGGAGAGCACCCCAAUGCAGGUGGUUACAUUACUCAAUGAUCUCUAUACCUGCUUUGAUGCCAUCAUAGAUAACUUCGAUGUUUACAAGGUAGAGACUAUAGGAGAUGCUUACAUGGUGGUAUCUGGUCUGCCAGUGCGGAAUGGGAAGCUUCACGCCAGGGAGAUUGGAAGGAUGUCGCUGGCGCUGCUGGAAGCCGUGAAAACAUUCAAAAUCAAACACCGCCCCAACAUGCAGCUACGACUACGAAUAGGGAUACAUACAGGUCCAGUGUGCGCUGGAGUAGUUGGCUUGAAAAUGCCACGGUACUGCCUGUUUGGCGACACGGUGAACACCGCAUCACGAAUGGAGUCUAAUGGUGAAGCCCUCCGGAUCCAUAUAUCUUCUGCCACCAAAGAAGUCCUGGAUGAAUUUGGCUGCUUCCUCCUGGAGCUUCGAGGAGACAUUGAAAUGAAGGGUAAAGGGAAGAUGAGGACUUUUUGGCUACUUGGAGAACGCUCUGAGGACGAUGUGAUCUGAAGUGCCUCUAACCCUGUCCAGCUCUGAAUCACACCAACUGUGGCUUGAGCUGCUCAAUAGACUGAUCUGGGUGUCGGGAUGCACCCCAGCCUAGCCACAGCCUGGCACUUCUGGGAAAACAUCGAUUACCUGGCUGGGUGGAGCACCCAAAAUCUCUCUCAUAUUUCCUAUGUACCCCGUCCUUGGGAAUGCGUGAGUUUAAAAGAGACCAGAAUUAUACACCAGCCUGUUGGCCAAGAGGUAACCUCUCCAAUGGUCAUGAAAUCACCAGAAAUGUCACAAUCUAGGACAUGCACCUAACACAACUUUGCAGAAGGCAGCAUCAGACCCAGAAAUUUCACCACUUUCUGUACCACAGAAGCCACCAUUACAACAUCCACCUCAGACUUGAAGCAGUAAGAACUGUACUAUAAGGACAAUCAUCUUGUCCGAGAAAUGGUACAUGGCAAUAUGUACAUGUCACUUUCUUACUUUAUCCUUUGAUGGGGCACCUGUACUGGGUCAUGGUAAAAGGUACUUUAAAGAAUAGUUUUUUGCUAAAUGCACCACAGCGAUAUCAAUUUCUGCUCUCAAUGUCAAAACACAAGGUGUACCCAGCAUCAUCACCAACACCACACCUUCUUCACAGAUGCCAUCCAGUCUCUUCACUUUUUGGAAUUUUCUGCUGUGUUGUCCAUCUGUCUGUCGCAGGAAGAUUUCGCACAUGUCCUGGGUCACUCUUUAUCUAACAUGAGCAGUGCAGGUCCACACUGGGGGGUGGGGGGUGGUGGACCUGGCUGCUAAUCUAGGAUAAUGCUAUCUGUUGUGUGAAUUCACAAGCAUCAACUCUAAUGGAAUCUGAAGAUGAUACAGUUGUCAGAGACUAUUAAAGGUCCUGCAAGCACUGCUCUUUCAAGAAAAUGUAGUUAGAACGCGGGCCUUUAACUGGUGGGGGUGGGGGGAUAGAAAGAUCCGGUUAAUAAAGGUGAAGGAAAUUCUCACUGGAUCAUGUAAUAAAAAUGCCAUAUUUCUAGUAAGACCUCAAUAAAGGUUUAAGGGACUGGGAAAUACCUAGAAAAGCCCAGAUUAGGACCUUGCAAUAAAGGCAAUUUAUUCUCUCAA